AUGGAUUUCGGGUCCCUGGAGACGGUGGUGGCCAACUCAGCCUUCAUCGCUGCCCGGGGCAGCUUUGAUGGGAGCAGCGGCCCAUCCUCUCGGGACAGGAAGUACCUGGCCAAGCUGAAGCUGCCCCCGCUGUCCAAGUGCCAGGGCCUCCGGGAAAGCCUGGACCUGGCGUUCCUGAGUGUGUGCUCAGAGCAGCCCAUCGGCAAGCGGCUGUUCCAGCAGUUCCUGGGGGCCGACCAGAGGCAUGCGCCGGCUCUGGAGCUCUGGAAGGACAUCGAGGACUACGACACCGCUGACGAUGACCUCCGGCCACAGAAGGCUCGCGCCAUCCUGGCUGCGUACCUGGACCCCCAGGCCGAGCUCUUCUGCAGCUUCCUGGACGAGGGGACCGUGGCGCAGGCCCGGGGGGGGCCCGUGGCGGGCGGGGACGGGCUCUUCCGGCCCCUGCUGCAGGAGACCCUGGUGUACCUGAGCCAGGCACCCUUCCAGGAGUACCUGGACAGCCUGCACUUCCAGCGCUUCCUGCAGUGGAAGUGGCUGGAGGCCCAGCCCACCGGGGAGGACUGGUUUCUGGACUUCAGGGUCCUGGGGAAAGGCGGCUUCGGGGAGGUGUCUGCCUGCCAGAUGAAGGCCACCGGCAAGUUGUAUGCGUGUAAGAAGCUCAACAAAAAGAGACUCAAGAAAAGGAAGGGGUACCAGGGUGCUAUGGUAGAGAAGAAGAUUCUAGCAAAGGUACACAGCAGGUUUAUAGUCUCGCUGGCAUAUGCAUUUGAAACCAAAACCGACCUCUGUCUGGUGAUAACUAUCAUGAACGGAGGCGACCUGAGAUACCACAUCUACAACGUGAACGAGGAGAGCCCUGGCUUCCAGGAGCCGCGUGCCGUGUUCUACACAGCCCAGAUUGUCAGCGGCCUGGAGCACCUACAUCAGAGGGGCAUCGUCUACCGAGACCUCAAGCCUGAGAACGUACUUCUGGAUGAUGACGGUAAUAUCCGAAUAUCUGACCUUGGGCUGGCCGUGGAGCUGAAGGACGGGCAGACCAAGACCAAGGGCUAUGCAGGAACCCCAGGUUUCAUGGCCCCUGAGCUCUUGCAGGGUGAGGAGUACGACUUUUCUGUGGAUUACUUUGCCAUGGGGGUCACACUGUACGAGAUGAUCGCGGCCAGAGGACCCUUCCGCGCCCGCGGGGAGAAGGUAGAGAACAAGGAGCUCAGACAGAGGGUCCUCUCCGAGCCCGUCAAGUACUCGGACAAGUUCAGCCAGGCCAGCAAGGACUUCUGCGAGGCACUGCUGGAGAAGGACCCUGAGAAGCGCCUGGGGUUCAGAGACGGGACCUGUGACGGGCUCCGCGCCAACCCCCUCUUUAAGGACAUUAACUGGAGACAGCUGGAGGCCGGGAUGCUGACACCCCCCUUCGUCCCAGACUCCAGGACAGUCUAUGCCAAGAACAUCCAGGACGUGGGCGCCUUCUCCACGGUCAAGGGCGUGGCCUUCGACAAAGCCGAUGCCGAGUUCUUCCAGGAGUUUGCGACCGGCAACUGCCCCAUUCCCUGGCAGGAGGAGAUGAUCGAGACGGGCGUGUUCGCGGAGCUGAACGUCUGGCGCUCUGACGGGCAGAUGCCUGACGACAUGAAGGGGGUUGCCGUGGAGGAGGCAGCCCCCGCGUCCAAGUCCGGGAUGUGUCUGGUUUCCUAGGUGUGCAGGGGCAAGAAGGCCUCUGUGAGCCACCAGAGAAAGGCAAGGAGUGGCCAGAUGUCCCGGCCCAGCUCAGGAGCCCAGCCCGUAAAUAGUCUGCUUCUUCUGUCCCAUUUCACUCAGAGACACAACCGUGGUUCUCAGAUGGCACGUCCCACGAUGCGUAACUCGAGGGCUCUUGUGGACGUCCCUGCCGGCAGCCGGGUCAGCCGUCCGGGCAAAGCAUUGCUUGGCGUUUUGGUAUAUGUUUCCUGCACCUUAACUGCACCUUCCCAGGUGGGAGGCAUUCUCCUUGUUGGCUCAGGAGUUGGCAGAGCAUGGCCCGCAGGCUCACGGACACCAGUGGAGAGGCCUGGUGCCCCCCUUCAUGCCCAGACUGUGCCCCCUGCCACCUGCCUGCUGCCAGGGCCUGAGAUACCCACCACCUGCAUGUUGGACAUGCUGACAUCUGCCAGGCGCUGGGGGCGCAGUCUCCCAGGGCUUGCGUCACCCAGGCUGUGUCCCAGUGUCCCAGAGGAGGGAGGACGGGGGCUCUGGGGAUGAAGGCGACGGCAGCAGCCUCCCCCUCAGCUUCUCUGUGUCCUGAGAACAUCUCCAGCCGAUGGCAUCUGGGUGUGCCGUUCUCCGGCCCAAGCAACAGCUUACCACCGGACUCUGCCUCCUGGCAAAGCCCUUUCCUGUGCUCCCGUCCUGGGCAAGCUUGGGGCCGGCUGGUCUUGCAACAUGGGGUUUUCUGGCCGAUGGCUAGGGCCAGACCCUGUCGGAAUCCCCAGAGGCAACAGCACUGGAGUUUUGGGGUCCUAACCCUUACGAGCACAAGUAUGCCCUCCUUCUGGCCUGUGGCCCCGUGUUCACUGUGUCCGUGUUUCCAGCUUCAUCUUUAACCCCAAGAAUCCCCACGUGCAUCCUGCCUGGAAGAACACAGUCUUUGUAGUGGCCUCCAGAUGAUGUUCACUCCUGGGCUGGGAUUUGGUGGCAUUGGCCUUGGAACCCGAGACUGCCCAGGGGGCUCA